AUUAGUACACAGCGGUGCAGUCCACACACCAGCAACUUUGACUCUAGACAACUCACACCAGUAGAAGCAUUGGGAUAUGAGAGAUGGAAAGAAAAGGUGUAGUGGAGACGAACACUGAUGUCAACAGAGAUGCUAGAAACCGUCAUAAUGUCAGGACAGAAACAGAGAACUCAGACACCAAGAGACACCAAACACCUCGACACACAGGAAGUGAUUGUGUGAAGGUCGGAAGCUCCAGAGCAGCUCCAGUGUGUUUGGUGCUGCUGUGUGCUCUUCUGCUGACUGCUGUCAUAGUGCUGGGUGUCAGUCUCCAUGAUAUGAUUGAAGAGUUUUACAUCAAGAACAAAAACCUCACAGAUGAAAUAGAGGAGUUAAAAAACAGAAAAUCCAACUUGGGCAAUACUAUUUCAAAAUUACAGAAUACGAAUGAAACCCUAAUUGCACAAAAUGGAAAAUUAAAGAAAAAGAUGGAAGAAUUGUGGAAGCAGAUAAGCAAAAUGGAGGGAUGGAAGUGCUAUCAAUCCAGUCUCUACUAUGUUUCCUCACAAAAGAAGAACUGGACUGAGAGCAGAAAAGACUGUAAAGAUAGAGGAGCAGAUCUGAUCAUCAUAAACAACGAACAAGAACUAGACUUUGUGAAAAAUUUGGUUUCUGUUGGGUCUGAAGUCUGGAUCGGUCUGUCUAAGAUGGAGGGGACAUGGAAAUGGGUUGAUGACAGCACCCUGACCACUGGGUUCUGGGCUUCUGGAGAACCUAGUGAUAGCUCUGGUAAUGAGAAUUGUGCUGUAAAUCUGUCAUCAGGGUUUGCUGAUUAUUCAUGUGAUAAAAUUAUUAAAUGGAUCUGUGAGAAGAACAAUUUGAAGAACUAAUUACACUGAACGGUUAAUAAAGGGUUGUUUGGUCUUA